AUGACUCGUACGUCCAUCGACCAUGGCACCUCAUGCUCCUCUCUGCUGCUGUCUUCUCUCAUACCCUCCACCAUGCAACCGAUAAUCAUCUUUGCUGCCUCAACAAAAGCAGUGGCACUGUCGAUCUCUUUCUCCUCUGUCUUCACGCCACCUUCCCCACCCGGGUCAUUUCCAGCCUCCAGCACAGCUCUAAUAUUUACCCUGGCUCCGGAGCACAGAUGUUGGUGCUGCAGGGUGGGAGCCAGAGACCCGCAGCCGCUGGCCCCUUACCGCGAUUGUAAACUCCACUCGCUACCACGUGAGGGCGACGUCACCGGGCUUUAUGCCUUCAGCGCUGUUAGCGGCUCAGAGGAUUCCUGCCACCGCCCCCAUCCCCUCCUAGAGGGCUGGGGGAAAAUCCUACGCGUUUCCCCUGUGAAAAGCGGAAUUCUCCUCUUCUCUCACUACCACCACCUGGUGAGGGAAGUAAAUAUCCGAUCUCAUAUUUGGGUAGUACCAGGAGGAGGAGGGAGAAGAUAUCAAGAUUCAGAAUGCUCAGGAGUUGAUUUCAAUAUGAAAAGGCAUGGCUUAGUUCAUUACCUUGCAAGUGCUGGGUUGCAAGAUACCAAACCAAGGAUUAGCAUCCAUGCGGACUGGCUUUCCUACCUGGGGUAUUUUAGAGGUACCAAAGAAGAAAAAUGGGAUUUCCCUCACCUUCCUGGAGCCAGGAGUUGGGUGGGAAGAAGGCAUUUUUAUGGAAGGUCUGGCUGUAAUUUCUGAUAAACUGAUUGAU